CCAAAACUCGCGCGUUGGUCCUGAACGGGCUCCGUGUCUCUCCAGGCGUCUCUGUGGGACCCCGGAGCAGAGCAGACGCGCCAGCCUGGCUUCGGAGGAAGAGGAUGCAAGCAACGGGGCCGCGCGGCGGUGGCCCGGCUGCGACGGUUUUCGCCUGCCUGCCGUGGUCCAUUCCUGAGGACGCGCGUUAGCUUCUCAGCAAAGCGCCGCUGGCGAAGGCUGUUGAUAGCUGUCCCCCUCCUGCAUGAUGUUAGCUGGCAGGGUCAAUCCCCACACCGCAAUAACUCGCAGCCGCUGGACCCCAGAUUGAGGCUGGCAGCUCAAAUGCUCCUCCUGGGACUUUUGCUUGUCGUUGUUCCCACGCGUGGCUUUGUUUCGCGUGCUGAGCUCGCCCUCCCUUUCAUCGUCCUCCGCAUAACUACCCCGCCGCACGCCAGCGCGGGCCUGCUUCUCCCAGACAUGGCCCGCCUCGCCCCCCGAUCCAUCGUCUUCCUCGGGCGGCAGCGCCUCCUGGCGACAGGCCGGCGCUGCACUGCAGCACGUGCGUGCUGUUCCGGCGCGGCCGCGGGCCGGGGGCAGGCCAGGAGCUGGGCUGCAGCAGCGGCACGGCCCUCCCAGUGUCUCGAUGUUGCCUGACAGGCCUAGUUCGUCCUCAUCCUCGGGAGUUUUAUGUUUUUUUGUUCUUUGCCGUGGGGUGAGCAAGAAUACGCCCCGACGCAUCAACCCCACGAUGGGCUUAUUCUCCGAGCAAUGUUUGAACUUAGUUUUGCUAGGAAGGGGUUUGGCACGGAUUGCAGUGCCCCCAUGCUCCUGUCCGUGCAGGGGCGCGCCUCUUGCGCGGCGGGUGCGCGCGUUCAUGGCGCGUCGCCGAGCGCUCGUUUUCAGUGUUCGUUUUGGGAACCUUCCUGUGGACACCUAACGG